CGGUCUCGCCUUCAGUCGAAGGACGGCAAGCGAUCGAGUGACAGGAUGAUUCUAGAGGACACGAUCAAGUUCCGCAAGUGUGCUAAAACGCCCGAAGAUGUAGCACAAUGGCGUUUGACAUACAACUUUAUCAUUGAAACAAAAUACUUUCUCGAGCGGUACGAUAGCAUCAUCGAAACGUGGGAUCUAUGCGAUAAGCAAUUUAUGAUGAAUCUGUGGAGCAUAGAAGAGCUGCUGACGAACCUACUGUACAAGUACACCACCGUGUCAACGGACUAUAUCCGGCAUCCCCGGUUGCCGAAGGUGGAAAUCAAAUGUUGUGAUCAUUUGUUUGAAAGCUCAAAAGAUCUCAACAAGCAUUAUUACACCGUACAUCACACACCUGGCCGGGUGAACGAUGUUCGGUUCUGUGAAAUGAAGGCUGGACUGCUAAAAUUAGACCUCUAUAGGAAUAGUUUGAAGUAUUAUCUGGAGUUUGGAACCUGGUGCGAUCAUGUUCUGUGUUUAUAUUUGAAGAAAAUCUACCGGAAAGUGAACGUGACGAUGGAUCCAUUUCGUGAAGCACCUCUUGUAGUACCAGGAAAGGAACCUACACCCCCUCCAGAACAAGAAUCGGAAGUGGAAGAGGAUGAAGUGUAAUUGAAAUCAUUGUAAAAAGUAAUAGGAAAAAUAUAGGAGCUACCACGUCAUUUUUACUACAGUCAAUAACAUAAAUUUUAUUUGAGCCUAUCGCUGAAAUACUAAUGCUUUGCAAUGUGUUGUGUUUACUCUGAAAAUAAAUUAUUAUCACGUCUU